UCCGCCCGCGUGUCUAACCCUUCAAUUGCGUCCGGCCCGAGGACAGUCAGCCUUAAUUUUACCGCUUAAUCUACUCUCCUCUCUCCCGGAUGGCUGCUCCCUUCACUCGCCUGGCGGGCAAUGCGCCCAAAAGGCUCUGUCUCCGCCCCUCCACGGUCACCAGAACCACCGCUAUUCCCAGAUCCCGUUCGAUAGCGACCUCCCUCCCUCGUCACCAUGCCGAGCCCACCAGCUACCAGGCGACCCGUCUGGUCCCGACGGAUCCCAGCUUCACACAUUUCGCCAACAAGGGGGCCUCGGAGGAGCCGGGUGAGGCGUCCGGCCUCGAGUCCGAAGCCGAAGGGAUCGACCGGAAGAUCCGUCACUACACGGUCAACUUCGGACCCCAGCAUCCGGCUGCUCACGGUGUGCUUCGGUUGAUUCUGGAGCUCAAUGGCGAGGAGAUUGUCCGCGCGGACCCCCACGUCGGUCUGCUUCAUCGUGGUACCGAGAAGUUGAUCGAAUACAAGACCUACAUGCAGGCCCUGCCUUACUUCGACCGAUUGGAUUACGUUUCCAUGAUGACGAACGAGCAGUGCUUUGCCCUGGCCGUCGAGAAGCUGCUGAACGUCGAGAUCCCGGAGCGCGCCAAGUACAUCCGGACGCUGUUCGGUGAGAUCACACGUAUCCUGAACCACCUGAUGUCCGUCCUGUCCCACGCGAUGGAUGUUGGUGCCCUGACUCCCUUCCUGUGGGGUUUCGAGGAGCGUGAGAAGCUUAUGGAGUUCUACGAGCGUGUGUCCGGUGCCCGUCUCCAUUCCGCCUACGUCCGCCCCGGUGGUGUGUCCCAGGAUAUCCCUAUCGGUCUCCUGGACGACAUCUACCAGUGGGCCACGCAAUUCGGUGACCGCAUCGACGAGACCGAGGAGCUGCUCACGGAUAACCGGAUCUGGAAGGCCAGAACCCAGGGUGUUGGUGUCGUCAACGCCGAGGACGCCCUGAACAUGAGUUUCACCGGUGUCAUGCUGCGUGGCUCCGGUGUCCCGUGGGAUAUCCGUAAGUCCCAGCCCUACGACGCCUACGACAAGGUCGAAUUCGACGUCCCCGUCGGUGUCAACGGUGACUGCUACGACCGGUACCUCUGCCGUAUGGAGGAGUUCCGCCAGUCGCUUCGCAUUAUCCACCAGUGCCUGAACGACAUGCCGGCUGGCCCUGUCCGCGUGGAGGACUACAAGAUCUCCCCGCCGCCCCGCGCUGCCAUGAAGGAGAACAUGGAGGCUCUGAUCCACCACUUCCUUCUGUUCACCAAGGGUUACUCCGUGCCCCCUGGAGAGACCUACUCCGCCAUUGAAGCCCCCAAGGGUGAGAUGGCUGUCUUCCUGGUCAGUGACGGCACUGAGAGACCCUACCGCUGCAAGAUUCGUGCCCCUGGUUUCGCCCACUUGGGUGGUUUCGAUCAGGUCUCGCGUGGUCAUCUUUUGGCAGAUGCUGUUGCUAUCAUUGGUACGAUGGAUCUUGUGUUCGGUGAAGUCGACCGGUAGAACCGUAACGCCAUGAUCAUCAACCAGCAACAACCACACCCUGUAAACUGAACCCCACACAGCCAAUUCGUCAAAGCAACAAACAUAAAAAAGGAUACCGAAAAGCAACCAUAGAAAAGAAAACCUAAAAGACAAUCCGGGCCAAAAAAAGAUUCAUUUCUCAAUUGGCCCAAGUGAGUGUGGGUAAACCAGGACAAGUGUGUGGCUAACCAACUGUACCAAUCAAUCAAUUCCUUCUAAUGGCGUUGUUCAUGUUGAACCUUUUCUUUGACUAUUUACCUGUUUACUUUUUUUCUUUUUCCUCCCCUUUGUUGCGUGCGUUUUUCAUCUGUCGUCAUUGAUCUAUUCACUACUACUACACUACACUACACUACUUCUACUACGCUACGUCUCCUUUUUUACCUCUCUUGUUGUGACCGACCCGACCCCUGUGUAUAGUGACUGAUGAGAUUCCGCGACUACAAAUCAAUAUCAUGUCUUAGUAGGGAACGUUCGUUUGGUUAUCACCUUAUUUCUUGGGUUUAUCUCAAAUGAUUCGGAUAUAUAUAGAGUAGUGGUAGCAGGAAGGUUUGUCGUAGCCGAAAUUUCCAUCUACUACUACUAUACAUCACGUGUAAG